CUUUGACGUCACUUCCUUUCGCAUUUCGUGCUGCUUCCAGGGCGCACGGCCUCUGGAUUGAGCAGUCAAUAUGCGUAUCGAGAAGUGUUAUUUCUGCUCGGCGCCCAUCUACCCGGGGCACGGGAUGAUGUUUGUGAGGAACGACUGCAAGUAUUUCAGGUUCUGCCGCUCAAAAUGUCACAAGAACUUCAAGAAGAAGCGUAAUCCCAGAAAGAUCAGGUGGACCAAAGCCUUCAGGAAGGGGGCUGGUAAAGAGCUGACUGUGGACAAUUCAUUUGAAUUUGAAAAGAGAAGAAAUGAACCAGUUAAAUACCAGAGGGAGUUGUGGAGCAAGACUGUUGAGGCUAUGAAGAGAGUAGAAGAGAUCAAGCGGAAGCGACAGGCUCGAUUCAUCAUGAACAGACUAAAGAAAGGCAAAGAGCUGGAGAAAGCUCAGGAUAUCAAAGAAGUCAAACAGAACAUACAUCUUAUCCGGGCUCCACAUGCUGGAAAAGCAAAAAAGUUGGAAGACAAAAUGGUUCAGAAGUUACAAGAGGAUGUGGAUAUGGAAGAGGUCUCAUAGAAUUGUAUACACUCAUCAUCUUGACCUUGUUUCAGUGUAUGCUUCAAUAUAGAAACCUUUUAUACAGCACUUUGGACUGUAGCACAAGUUUCACAUCUGAAGCCAGAGAUCAAGGAGCAAGACCGUUUUAGUACAGUCAGUCUGAAAAAUAAAUUUUUAGUUCCUCGUGAA